AUGGAGCUGAUGGAACUCAAAGAGCGUUUGGGCUCAUUCGGCGAGGGUCUUCAGCUGGUGCAUGUGACUGCCAGUGUGGAGGGCAAGGAGGUUUAUCCGCUAGAGUGGGCGGAGGGUUUGCGGCACUUGAUGCUCUGCAACCAAGAAAGCACUUUAACUCAAAUUGCUGUUGGGGCUUUCCACACAAUAUUAGUCAGCAGCAAGGGUUUAGUUUACAGCUAUGGUUUGAAUGACCGCAUGCAGUUGGGGGCCCCCCCGGGGCCCCGGGGGCCCCCCCGGGGGGCCCCCUGGGGCGGGGGGGCCCCCGGGGGCCCCUGGGGGGCCCCCGGGGGGGCCCCCCUGCCUAGGGGGCCCCUCAGGGGCCUCCCGCAGCCCCUCAAAGUCAAGGCCUUGGAGUGUGGGGUGGACCAUUCGGUGUUGUUGACAGAAGAGGGUUUUGUUUAUUCUUGGGGGGCCAACAAGUACGGCCAGUGCGGCUGCGCCCCUCGCCAGCCUUUUGUUUGCGAGCCAACUCGUUUGCGUUUUCAACAUCCGAGAGAACCCAAAGAAGGGGCUCGAAUUACAACAAUUGGCGUGGGGGGCUACCACAACGGGGCGCUGGACUGCAGCGGGAGAUUAUACAUGUGGGGCCGGGGCUCUCACAUUUAUAUUAAGGGAGUUGUCAGUGACUUGCCGUUGCCGCUGUGGAUCUCGCUGCGGGAGCUGCUGGAGGCGCCGGCUGCGGUGUCUGUACACUGCGGGCUCGGCCUCACUUACUUGCUGCUUUCCGAUGGAUCACUUUUAUCUUUUGGGAGUUCUUUGGAGGGUCAGUUGGGUUUGGGGGCUGGCUGUCGGGGUGUACGUACACCCCAGCGGGUCCCGCUGCCCCACCAAACCCUCAGCCUCCGCUGCGGCCCCAACUCCACUUUGGCGCUUACGGCUGCUGGCCAGCUUUUCCAGUGGGGCACUUUUCUCCUUUGGGACGAAGAGGAGGAGGUCCGUCGAAGGGUUUAG